GAGCUCAGGUGCUGUGGAGAGGCAGCUGUUGGGAUAUCACUGAGGUCUCACAAGAACUGUUCCACUUUUUCUUCUGCAGAUCGCACUGAGAAGCGCUCCACCAUGCCCGACUCACCUGCUGAUGUGAAAACACAGUCCAGGUUAACUCCGCCCACCAUGCCUCCUCCCCCCACCACACAGGGAGCUCCCAGGACCAGCUCCUUCACCCCCACUGCAUUAACGAAUGGCACCAGUCACUCUCCCACUGCACUGAAUGGAGCUCCAUCUCCACCCAAUGGUUUCAGCAAUGGGCCUUCAUCAUCAUCUUCGUCCUCACUGGCCAAUCAACAGCUGCCGCCGGCCUGUGGUGCAAGACAGCUCAGCAAGCUCAAACGUUUUCUCACGACACUACAGCAGUUCGGCAAUGACAUCUCACCUGAGAUCGGAGAACGAGUGCGUACCCUGGUGUUGGGGCUUGUGAACUCCACUCUAACCAUUGAGGAAUUCCACUCCAAACUGCAAGAAGCGACCAACUUCCCACUCCGACCUUUUGUCAUCCCCUUUUUGAAGGCCAAUCUGCCGCUACUGCAGAGGGAGCUGGUGCACUGUGCACGGCUGGCCAAGCAGAACCCGGCUCAGUAUCUCGCCCAACAUGAGCAACUCCUGUUGGACACAAGCACCACGUCACCUGUCGACUCGUCUGAACUCUUGAUGGACGUCAACGAGAACGGCAAGAGAAGAACGCCUGACAGAACCAAAGAGAACGGCUUUGAGCGGGAGCCGCUCCAUCCCGAGCACCCCAACAAGAGGCCCUGCACUAUCAGCCCUGGCCAGCGCUUCAGCCCCUCCAGCGGGCUCUCCUACCAGCCCAACGGCCUGCCGCACCCCACCCCGCCCCCUCCACAGCACUACCGUCUGGACGACAUGGCCAUCGCACACCACUACAGAGAUUCCUAUCGCCACCCCAACCACCGCGAGCUCCGCGACCGCCCUCGGCCUCUGGGGAUGCACGGCAGCACGCGCCAGGAGGAAGUCAUAGAUCACAGACUUACAGACAGAGAAUGGGCAGAAGAGUGGAAGCACCUUGACCAUCUCCUGAACUGCAUUAUGGAUAUGGUGGAGAAGACACGUCGCUCACUGACGGUAUUGAGGAGGUGCCAGGAGGCCGACCGGGAGGAGCUCAACUACUGGAUCCGUCGUUAUAGUGAUGCUGAAGAUCUUAAAAAGACCAGCAGCUCCAGCAGCAGUCAGUCCAGACAACAGAGCCCUGCCAGCCAAGAAAGCAAUGCUUUAGAUGUCCAUAGGGAGCUCCUUCACAGGCCAGUGUCUGGAUACGUACCUGAAGAAAUCUGGAAGAAAGCCGAAGAGGCUGUGAAUGAGGUGAAGAGGCAGGCCAUGUCUGAGCUGCAGAAAGCCGUGUCAGAGGCCGAGCGCAAGGCCCAUGAGAUGAUCAGCACCGAGCGAGCCAAGAUGGAGCGCACUGUGGCCGAUGCCAAGAGACAAGCGGCAGAGGACGCGCUGUCAGUCAUCAACCAGCAGGAGGACUCUAGUGAGAGCUGCUGGAAUUGCGGGCGCAAGGCGAGCGAGACCUGCAGCGGCUGCAACACGGCGCGUUACUGCGGUUCCUUCUGCCAGCACAAGGACUGGGAAAAGCACCACCACGUAUGUGGCCAGACUCUGCAGGCUCAGCAGCAAGGUGAGACCCCCGCCACCGUCAGCUCCUCGGCCACCCCCAGCAGCGGCGCAGGCAGCCCGGCGGACACACCGUCUGCCGCUACCCCUCGCUCGGCCACGCCCGGCACGCCCUCCACCAUAGAGACCACGCCACGCUAGAUCCCCGAGCAGGCCGUUCCUGAUGCCUCAGCCGACCGGGGACUGACUCACCUGCCUCACUCGCUCCAAAAUGCUAAAUCUAGCGCACUAACAAAGAAGAGACUGUACUUAGGGCGAUUAGCCCACAGGAGGUCCAUUUCGGGUCAUAUUGACUUGCCAUGAUAGAGAACGCAAAGAUAUUCUUUGUUUGAAAUUCUCAUUGUUCUUUAUUGUUACUACAACUAUUAUCGAUUAUUGUUGAUAAUGUCCUUUAUUGUUGUUGUGGCUCUCUUACAUUCUUGUAAAUAAGAAGACAAAUGGAGUAGACAGCCAAGACCUCUCGAUGAGUAUAUCUGACCUCCCCUUCGUUACGUUUGUUUGUAUUGUUUUUUUUCCUCCUUCAUUCUGUUCUCAAAGCUCUUUAUCCAGUAGCUGGGAUAUGAAACUAUUUGACCUCAUUAAAAGACACUUUAAAUGACAAAAACCAAGGAAAUACUUCAUAGCUGAUGUAAGCAAAGACUCCGAAUAUUAUCAAGACAAAAAGACAGCGUUCCUUGUAAAGAAGUCUACACAACGUUGUUGAGGGAAAAAAACACGCCAUGAAGGGCAUCUGCAUCGGACGUGGUGGAGUAGACGGCGGAUGGCGUUUCUCGCUCGCGCACUGAACUCUGCAGAUGUGCAGCGGAUUGUGAAGGAACGCAGAUGUUCGUCUCUCUUCUGCAAGAUAAUAUCCAGGUCAAUGGUCUGAGAAAUAAAAGGCUGUUUCACUGAGGAAUGUAGGGGCGAGGAGGGCCCGUGCUGGAUGUUGAGUACCACACGGCGUAAUGAAGGAUGCGCUCUGAGCUCUGAUCCCAAAUGCACUCCAUCAGCUCCCAAAACAGGAAGUGAAGUCAUCGGCCCACCAGAGCAGGACUGUCAGAACCUCACUGUGACAGCCACUGGGAAACAAAGGGCUGAGAAAUUACCCAUAAAUCACUGGCUGUUGGAGCCCUCUCCUGUCCUGCCUAUGUUCUGUCCUAAUCUCUAACCCCGUUCUGCUUCUUUUUGCCCCUCUAGAUCUCAUUGUGUUAAACACUUGUGUCCUGUGUCGUCUCCAAUGGUUAUUUAUUGUACAUGUGCUGGACAAUUGUGACGACGCAUUAAUAGUUUAAACCACGGUCACAACUUUUUAGUCUUUCUAGGUGCAAAAAGGAAGAACAUAUUUUCUCUUUUUUUCUCUCGCCUCGCUCUCUCUCUCGCAAGCUGCUUUUCUAUUCGUAUGUGUUUGUGCUAGUCCCCUUGUAGUUCUCUAAGAAGAAAAAACACUUUUCCCAUUGUCCUCAAAAGACAAACGCUAUCUCUCAGAGCUGCUACUUUAGUCUCAUUCAGAUGUUUUUUUCUGAGAACUAGCAUGUUACAUGGAAUGCUAACAUAAAUGUUUUUGUACAUGGGACGUACAUAAAUGUAUUUGCACUGUCACGGUUUCUCUCAGCAUGCUUCUUUUGGCAGUUUUUUUUUUCCAUAGGGAUCUUCACUUCAUAGGUUAUCUUUGGAGUGCUUCGUUACAUAUCUGUGAUUUUCUUGUUAAAAAAUGGAGAAAAAUCGAUGAAAAAAAA